CAAGGCGGUGAGACUUAGCGUCAAUCAUAAUGGUCCGAGCUCGAAAAAAAGAUUCCCGCAUCAAAAAAUAAUUCUCGAAUUUCAGAAGCUCAAAAACCAACACUGCUUAAUUCCCAAUUGAGAGUGCACAACACAGUCAAAAUGGUUACCAAAAGUAAAUUGAAGAUGGCGCUUGCAGCCGAUAAGAAAGUCGAUUUUUCGAAAUUACAUCAGAAGAAACAAGCUAAGCUUGCGAGGAAGGGAAAGGCCGUGAACGGAGAGGAGAAGAGCUCGGAGAAGGGAAAAGUUGAGCAGGAAUGGGAAGAUGUUGAGGAAAAGAGUGGAGAUGAGGAAGAGGAGGAGGAGGAGGAUGAUGCUGAAGAAGGUGGUAGUGAGGAUGAGGAGGAAGAGGAAGAAGGAAAUGGUCCCACUGAGGUACUUGCGCUUUCGAAACUAGUGUUUACCAGUACUAAUCAGCAAGCAGAUUGACUUCGCAGCAAUCGACGAAAGUGACAGUGAUUCUUCGGUUGGCGGGGAUGAGGGAGAUGAAGAAGAAGACGAUGAAGACGAUGAAGAUAUUCCUAUGUCCGAUCUCGAAGAUCUUGAUGACGAAGAAAGAGAAGAUAUGAUCCCUCAUCAACGUCUCACCAUAAACAACACAAUCGCUCUUACCGCAGCCCUCAAACGUAUUUCUCUUCCCGUCGCCACUCUCCCAUUCUCUGAGCAUCAAUCUGUUACCUCUGAUAAACCCACGGAAAUCGAAGAUGUCUCUGAUGACUUGAAACGGGAGUUGGCAUUUUAUUCGCAAUCGCUUGAGGCUGUGAAGUCUGCGCGAUUACUGUUGAAGGCUGAAGGUGUACUAUUUACUAGACCUACCGAUUAUUUUGCAGAGAUGGUCAAGGCCGACGAACAUAUGGAGAAGAUCAAGAGGAAGUUAAUCGAUGAAGCUGCUGGAAAGAAGGCAUCUGCAGACGCCAGGAAACAGAGAGAUUUGAAGAAGUUCGGAAAGCAAGUUCAAGUCGCUAAAUUACAAGAGAGAGAUAAAGAAAGGAAACAAACUUUGGAUAAGAUUAAGACUUUGAAGAGAAGUAUGCUACAGCUCAUUUUCAAAGUAGUUUAAUAAACAUUUUACUAACAUACAACAGAACGUCAAGGCGCCGACAAUGAAAAUACAAAUGAAGCAGAUCUCUUCGACGUAGCUCUCGAAGAAGAAACCAAAUCCACAGGAGGCCGAAAUGAUCGCAAGGGCGGACCAAACAAGAGACAAAAGAAAGAUGAGAAGUUUGGGCACGGCGGUAAGAAGAGGUUUAAGAAGAGUGGUGAUGCGAUUAGUAGUGGAGAUUUAAGUGGAUUCUCGGUCAAGAAGAUGAAGGGAGGUGGCGCUAAAGGUGGCGCGAAGUCUAGACCAGGAAAAGCGAGGAGAGCGGGUGGAAAGAGAUAGUGUGUUAAUUUGAGGGGAAAAGUAUCUAUGGGAUAAUUUGAGAAAGGCGUUUUGGGGGCAUAUUCAAUUGUCCGGGAAGAUGUGGAACAUUGUGAGGGAGGGAGAAGAGAAGAGUUGUAGAAUACCAUGAAUGUCUUUGUCUUCAUUACAUUUUUUUUCAUACUAGUGAUGAGCAUUAGUUUCAUCUCUUGAUGCCUAUGGUCGGCAUUCGCAGUUCAAUCAGCUAUUGAAAGCAGACAUCGAACUUGGGUGAGGAUUAUUGUGUGAAGAUUCUUAGCCGAAGUUGGCAAACAAAUACAUAUGCCCU